AUGUCCAGUACAGAUGGUAGCCUUGAGAAAGGCUACUACUUGUUUUAUUUUACUUACGUUACUUCUAGUCCCCCUUUCUCAAGGGACUCGAGGCGGAUUGCAGCGUGGGAGUGCAGCGGCCUUGGGGAGAUGCCUGGAUCCUUUGUGCCGACAGUGACUGCCAUAUCGACUAGCCAAGACCUCCAGUGGCUGGUUCAGCCCACCCUGAUCUCGUCCAUGGCCCAAUCGCAGCAGCCUCCAGGCCAACAGAUGCCUCCGCAGCAGCCGCCUCCGCCUCCGGUGGACCCCUACGACCUCCCCGGCCCCAGUUAUGCCGCUCCGGGCAUGGGUGUCUAUGCCGGAGGGCCUUCCACAGCCCCCGUCGCUGCCGCCCCGCAGCGUUCCGCCAGGGCCCGGCCCCGAAGGACGCGGGAGGAAAUGCUAACGCCAGAAGAAGAGGAGAAACGCCGCGUCCGCCGCGAGAGGAACAAGCUAGCGGCGGCGAAGUGCCGGAAUCGCCGCAGGGAACUGACCGAUCGACUGCAAGCGGAGACCGACCAGCUGGAGGAGGAGAAAGCCGAGCUGGAGUCCGAGAUAGCCGAGCUGCAGAAGGAAAGAGAGCGGCUGGAAUUCGUCCUCGUGGCUCACAAGCCCAGCUGCAAGAUCCCCUACGAGGACAUCCCCGAGUUGAGCGGGCAGCCCGGCACCUCAGCCGAGGUGGGCUCGCUGGCGAUGGCCGUCAAAGAGGACCCCUUCGGCCCGACGGCCUACCCAUCCGUGCCCCUCCUCCAUUACCAGCAGGGCCUUGGUGGAGUGCAGGCCCUGGGCCCGGCGGAGGUAGCGUUUUCUAGUUCUUACUUUACACAUGGUGAUCAGCUGACCGACUCGUACCCGGCUAACCCUUCAUAUACAUCUUCGUUUGUCUUCACCUACCCAGAGGGAGCUUCCUGCGGAGCCUCACACCAGCGGAACAGCAGCAGCGACCACUCCUCGGACUCCGUGAACUCCCCCUCGCUCCUUGCUUUGUGAAACUCAAAACAAAAACAAAAAAGCACCAAAUGCGAAUCUUGCACACGCUCUAACCAAUA